GUUGAAGGUGUGUCUGCUGGGUACCCUCCACCAUGUGACAAGGAAAACAGUGCUCUUCUGGCUUUCAGGGGAAUUCCUAUCUCAGAGUUGAAGAACCAUGGCAUCCUCCGGGCCCUGACGGCAGAAGCGAAUAAUGGCUGGGAGCCGGCUGGGGGCACGGGUUUGAUCCCUGGUUGGGGAGCUAAGAUCCUGCAUGCUGCGAGGUACGGCCAGAAACAAAACAAACAAACAAACAACAACAAAAACAUUCAUUGUGCACCUGUCACGUGUCAGGCGCUCAGAACCCUACCUUCCUGUGGCGCCCAGUGCAGUGGGCAAGACAGUUUGCAACAUGGUGGUAAGCAUGGGGUGUCGGGGUCUCUCAUGGAGCAGCUCCUAACGCAGAUUACAGAGGCUAAAGAAGGCACCCAGGUGAGGGUGAUACCGGAAUUGGCUGAAGGAUGAGAUGGAACUGCGCUAGAAGGGGCUGGAACUGAAGGUGGGGGAGCGGGGUGUGCAGAGGCACCCAAGGGGGGUGUUGAGAGACUUCAGGUACUUCUGGAUGCCCUAGGACAGAGCCAGAGAGGUAAGGAGUCUCCUGAUUGUGAAGAGUUGGGGUUUCAUCUUGAGAAUUACGGAGACUCCCUGGAGGGUUCUGAGCAGCAGGCUGCCGUCAGAUCUGCCUUUUUGAAAGCUCACUCUGGCAUGUCAGAGGGUAGCAACAAGGCCCAAGGCAGGCAGGGAAGGCCAGGGGCUACGACAGCAAUCCGGACACACCUAGAUCUCAGAGGGUCUCCUUUUCUCACUACUGCAGUUAUGAAUACAGAGGUGCUCCGAGCCCAAGAAGAAUGGGAAGCUGUGGACAGUAUCCAGCCAGAGACAGGGAGCCGGGCCAGCUCAGACCAGCCUGGGCAGCUAAUCUCUUUCAUUGAGGCCCUCCAGCAUUUCCAGACCGUGGACCUCUCUUCCUUCAAGAAAAGAAUCCAGCCCACGAUCCGCAGGACCGGGCUUGCUGCCCUCCGGCACUGCCUCUUCGGGCCUCCCAAGCUCCACCAGGGCCUCCGUGAAGAAAGGGACUUGGUCCUGACCAUCGCUCAGUGUGGCCUGGACAGCCAAGACCCAAUGCAUGGCCGAGUCCUCCAGACCAUCUAUAAGAAGCUGACCGGCUCCAAGUUUGACUGUGCCCUCCACGGAGACCACUGGGAAGAUCUGGGCUUUCAGGGAACAAAUCCAGCCACAGACUUGAGAGGAGCAGGCUUCCUUGCCCUCCUGCAUCUCCUGUACCUGGUGAUGGACUCAAAGACCUUGCUGAUGGCCCAGGAGAUCUUCCGCCUGUCUCGUCACCAUAUCCAGCAAUUCCCCUUCUGUUUGAUGUCCGUGAACAUCACCCGCAUCACCAUCCAGGCCUUAAGGGAGGGAUGUCUCUCCAGGGAGUGUAACCGGCAGCAGAAGGUGGUCCCGGUGGUGAACAGCUUCUACGCCGCCACUUUCCUCCGCCUCGCGCACGUCUGGAGGACGCAGCACAAGACCAUCUCUGACUCGGGCUUUGUCCUCAGAGACUUGGAGGUGUUGGCCAAGAAGAGCCCCAGACGGCUGCUCAAGACCCUGGAGAUCUACUUGGCUGGAGUGUCAAAGGGACAGGCCUCCCUGUUGGGGGCGCGGAAGUGUGCUGGGCCACAAGCCCCUCCCUCCAAGGAUCUCACUUUCACAGGAGUGUGUGACCUGCCACCACACUCCUCUGAAGGCACAUGGCUGAUCUGACCAACCCCAGUGAGCGGCCCCCGGAUCAAAAGCCUUGAAGGGGCUUUCGGAGGGUGUACCCUGGCGCCAUUCUGCCCCUUGCGGUCCUAGCAGAAGGGAUGUAGGAAGCCUGUUUGGGGAGCCAAGGACCCUCACCUGCAUGAGACAUUAGGGGCUGUUAAAUUUGACCCACUCCCCGCAGACCUGCCUCCAGAGCAAGGAAAACUUUGCCACAAUCUUAGUUGGGCUACAGCUUCCAGAGUUGGGUUCCAGGUAAUUUCAGUGACAGAUCAUGAGGUGGGAGACCCCGUCUGGGUGUUCCACACAGCCCUACAUCAAAGGUAUUCCCGAGGAGAGGUGCCGGAGUUCUGACUCCUGGCAGCGGGGCUUUCAGGCCUCGGGUCCACGGGACAGGGACCAGACAUGGGCUGAGUAGUUAGAAUGUGAAGGGAGAUGGUAGCGGUGGCAGCAGCUGACAGGGGGCAGCAUGAACCAGAGAGUGCACACGGGCCUGCCUUCCUCUCCAUCCCCUGGGGUCUCUGGCCUUGCACUUAUCCCACCCUCACCUCUCCCCAUCCCUCCUCCCCACUGCUUGUGACACAGAGCCAGGCACUGGGCUAGGUGUCUGCUGCCGCCCAUCCUAACCGCCCACCAGCUGGGCUCCCCCCGUGGAGGCUGUGCAGGUCCCAUCAGGGAUGGUUCUCUGGCCUGGGCGAGGGAAGGAGGAAAUUCACGUACCAGCAGUUUUUAAAUAAAAGAAUUCUUCUGGGUUAA